CCCCCCCCCCGCGCCUCCCGCUGCCGUCGGGGCUGUGCCAUGGACGGGUCCACCCCCCCAUCCCCUUAACCCCAAUCCUUGGGGGGGGUUCCCUGCGAUGCUGGGGCCAUGUCCUCCCCCCCAGCCCCGGAGUGCGCGGCCGAGGUGACCCCAUCCCCGGGGGGGGGCUCGGGCUCCUUCAGCUACAGCCUGGCCGAGCACCCUACAGCCGCCCUGGCCGUGAUGAACCAGCUGCGCUUGGACCGGCACCUGUGCGACGUCACCCUGAGCAUCCGUUACCAUAGCGACGCCGGCGAUGCCACCGCCGACAUCCCCGCGCACAAGGUGGUCCUGGCCGCAUCCAGCCCAGUCUUCAGGGCCAUGUUCACGGCCGGGCUCAAGGAGCAGGGCAUGGAGGUGGUGCCCAUCGAGGGGGUGCACCCCAAGGCUAUGGAGCGCCUGGUGGAGUUUGCCUACACGGCGUCGGUGGCGGUGGGCGAGAGCUGCGUCCUGCAGCUGAUGAACGGGGCCGUCAUGUACCAGAUGGACCGCGUGGUUCGAGCCUGCGCCGACUUCCUGGCGCGGCAGCUGCAUCCCAGUAACGCCAUCGGCAUCGCUGCCUUCGCCGAGCACAUCGGCUGUGCUGACCUGCACCAGCGAGCGCGGGAGUACAUCUACAUGCACUUCGGGGAGGUCUCCAAGCAGGAGGAGUUCUUCAACCUCUCCCAUUGCCAACUCGCCACCCUCAUCAGCCGCGACGAGCUCAACGUCCGCUGCGAGUCCGAGGUCUUCCACGCCUGCAUCAACUGGGUCAAGCACGACUGCCCCAACCGGCGCCCGUACGUCCAGGCCCUGCUCCGCGCCGUGCGCUGCCACUCGCUGACCCCCCACUUCCUGCAGACCCAGCUCCAGAAGUGUGAGAUCCUGCGCGGGGAUUCCCGAUCCAAGGAUUACCUGGCUCAGAUCUUCCAGGACCUGACCCUGCACAAGGCGACCAGGGUCCUGCCCUGCCGCGCGCCCAAGGUCGGGCAGCUCAUCUACGCGGCCGGCGGUUACUUCCGCCAUUCCCUGUGCUUCCUGGAGGCCUUCAACCCGCGGGAUGGGUCCUGGAUGCGCCUGGCGGAUCUGCAGGUGCCGCGCAGCGGGUUGGGGGGGUGUGUGGUGGGGGGGCUGUUCUACGCCGUGGGGGGGAGGAACAACGCUCCCGAUGGGAACACGGACUCGGCGGCCAUAGACUGCUACAACCCCAUGACCAACCGAUGGAGCCCGUGCGCCCCUAUGAGUGUGCCCCGGAACCGCAUCGGGGUGGGGGUCAUCGAUGGGAUGAUAUACGCCGUGGGGGGGUCCCAUGGAUGCGUGCAUCAUAGCAGUGUGGAGAGGUACGACCCGGAGCGGGACACGUGGGAGCGGGUGGCCCCCAUGCAGUCCCGCCGCAUCGGGGUGGGGGUCGCGGUGCUCAACCGGUUGCUUUAUGCCGUCGGGGGGUUCGACGGCUGCAGCCGCCUCCGCUCGGCCGAGUGCUACCACCCCGAGCGCGACACCUGGCGGCCGGUGGCGGCCAUGGCAACGGUGCGCAGCGGAGCCGGGGUCUGCGCCCUCAACAACUGCAUCUACGCCAUGGGCGGCUACGACGGCACCGACCAACUGAGCAGCACUGAGCGCUAUGAGGUGGAGACUGAUGCAUGGAGCUUCGUGGCACCUAUGGGGCACAGGCGAAGCGCCCUGGGGGUCACUGUGUACCAGGGCAAGAUCUACGUGCUGGGCGGCUAUGACGGCCACGCCUUCCUGGACUCGGUCGAGUGCUAUGACCCUGUGACUGACGCCUGGACCGAGGUGACGCGGAUGACGUCAGGACGCAGCGGCGUGGGCGUGGCCAUCACCAUGGAGCCGUGCCGGGACCAGCCCCCCCCCCACUGCCCCUGCUGACCCCGGCGCCGCCGUGG